AUGUGGGAUGUCAUCUGGACAGACCCUGAUAAAGAACUGGUGGGAGAGCACAGAGCACGAAAAGAGAAAAGGGAAGCUCACCAAAAACAAGUCAAGAGUCAGCCGAGACGGCGUUCGGCAUCCACAGCCAGCUCACGCUGGUCAACUGACUCUCCGUUUGCUAUAUUCCGUAGCAGGGGCGCAAAGAAGGCAAACACAUCGUCGUCCAAUGGGCAGAUGGCAUCGUCUGCAUCGUCAGGAGUCGAGUCUCCGAUUAUGGCGUCUCCCGAUCGCUCGCCCAUAUCAAACUUGUUUGAUCAAGAGAGCCGCCGAAGUUCCAGCCGUAUAUCAACCAGCUUUUUGGAACGGCUUACCGCCAUCGAGAGCCCUUUGAACACUAGCCCCUUGAUUCCCGAGAGAUCUAUCGAUGAUAUGAGAAGGCUACCAAAACCAUCAUUUUCACCCUCGCCACCGACAAAAUCAACGCCUCGCUCUCCAGCUAUUCCCAUCCCGCAUAGAUCGCCUCUCCGUUCAGCAUAUUCUGGUGUCGAAAUGCCCAUCACGCCUAAUAAUCCCGAGGCAUGGAGAGCUGUUGGUGAAUGGGACCAUUCUACUCCCAACCUAAGUGAUUCGUCUAGUCCUAGUCCUCUUCUACGGGAAUCGACUGAAUCCAUCCGUGACCAGGUGGACUACACCCGGCUGCCAGAGAAUGGCAUCGGUAUAAACAAGAGCUUUCGCUGGCUCCGCUUAGCAGUCGCCGAGAUGGCAAAAACGAGUGCGCCUGAUAUCCUAUCUCGACUGGAGACAUUCUGGAAGGGCGUUGCAAAGAAAGACGUCUCUUUUCUCCUGGGUGAUAGCCCUGAGGUUGAAGACCAGCGGAGGUGGAUGCUCUCGACUAUGGUCCACAUGGAUCAAUAUCUAACGAUUAAUGGACCGUUGCGCCCACGCCAGGAAACUCCCUUGACGGCUCGCAUGAUUUUGUCCCUCUACGAUUCAGCAGCCACUGUCGCCUACCUCGCCGCACUGGAACACACGAAGCAGAUAUAUCACGUAUCGCCGCUCUCGAUACCAAAGGAGGAGUUAUUGGAAAACGUUCAUGUGGUUUCCGUUUCCACAGUGUCGCCCACAGACUUUCCAGUAGCACCUCGAGUUUAUGAAUCAGUUCGCUCUCUGAUGUUGCCGUCUCUGUGUCCGUCAGCCUCUUUGCCUGGGAUACUCAGUAACGUCUACAAAUGUCUUAAGAAGAAGGGCUUCCUUCAGCUGGUGCUCAUCGACCCACUUCCCCGGGCGGGCACUAUGGGUAGGAAUUUGAAGACGUGGAUAGAAGAGAAUCUGCUUCGAAACCUAGCAAGGCAAGGCAUGUGUAUGAGUCCCAGUACAGCCUUCCCUCCCCUGCUCGAGGAGGCUGGGCUUCGCGGGGACAAGAGCUCUCUCACCACGACAAAGUUUUAUGCGGUUCCUAACAGCGCAACAAACAGGGACACGAGUAUGUUCAAAGACGGGGUACAGAUAGAGCAAGAAGUGAAAGCCCAGGUUAGAAGUCUGGUUGGACGUAUGCUGUGGGUAGAAGCGUGGGGUUCGCAUGUCACUGCUACCAAAUGGUGGUGGGAUGACCCUGCUUGCGUCGCCGAGUGUCUCGAGCUGGGCACUAUCUGGGAAUAUCACACUGUCCGAGGAUUCAAGGAAGCGUAG